CAGUCUGAUGAUGAUGGAAUAAUGAUGAAUGAUGAUGAUCAGUGGCAGCAAGACAGGAGGAGAGGUGGGACAUGGCGUCUCCUACCACCUGGAUUCCCCUAUUUUCCAAGGGCUUUCGCCGAGCUGCGAGACUUCAUUUGAGGCGUAACUUCUCAGGUAGUGAGAGACAAUGCAGCUCUCAAGCCAAAGUAGGUUUCAUUGGACUAGGGAAUAUGGGUGGACCAAUGGCAACCAACUUAUUAAAGAAGGGUCAUAGUGUUGUGGCGUACGAUGUUAGUCCUGAGGCUAUGGAACGUUUAGAGGAUGAAGGUGCAAGUAUUGCAAUGAGUCCAGCUGAAGUUGCAAGUAAAGUGGAUAGUAUCAUCACCAUGCUGCCUAACUCGCAGCAUGUAAGAUCGUGCUAUACCGGAGAAAAAGGUGUUUUUGAAUCAGUACAGCCUGGAACACUCAUUGUGGACAGCAGCACCAUUGAUCCCAGUGUGUCCAAGGAGAUGGCCGGCUCUGCUUUGAAGAAAGGUGCUGUCUUUAUGGAUGCCCCUGUGUCAGGAGGUAUAAAUGCAGCCAAGGCUGGGACUCUUACAUUCAUGGUUGGAGGAGAUGAAAAGGAAUUUAUGGCUGCAAAAGAACUAUUAUCUGCCAUGGGCAAAAAUAUUAUUUAUUGUGGUGGAGUGGGAAAUGGGCAAGCUGUCAAGAUCUGCAACAACAUGCUGUUAGCUAUCUCUAUGAUCGGAACUGCUGAAACCAUGAACCUUGGGAUGAGGUUAGGUCUAGAGGCAAAACUGAUGGCCAGCAUUAUUAAUGCAGCUACUGGAAGGUGCUGGUCAAGUGAGCUUUACAAUCCCGUCCCUGGGGUACUUGAAAAUGUACCUUCCUCAAACAAUUAUGAGGGUGGCUUUGGAACAGCACUGAUGGCAAAGGAUCUGGGUCUAGCUCAGGAUGCAGCAACUAAGAGUCUCACCCCAACUCCUUUGGGCUCUCUUGCUCAUCAGAUUUACCGAGUGAUGUGCAACUCUGGUUUAGCUGAGAAGGACUUUUCAUCAAUUUUCCAGUUUCUUCAGGAACAGAACUCUAAAUGAGUGAAUUGUUUUAGUAGGGGAUGGUAAGUAUUGUAUCUGAGGGCUGAUUCACUGUACAGAAUAAUAGCAUAUAUCACUGUUCAUUACAUUCUAAAGAUUACUUAAUAUUUGAACUGUUCCUAGUGAUUGUGGCCAAGCACAAAAAACUAAGUAUUAAAUUUUUGUCUACAGUUCCCCAUUUUAUGUAUGUCACUUUUCUGGUUUUCUUGAGCCUCUCAUUAUGAAACCCAUUUAAAGUAUAUAUUAUCUUAGUUUCUCAUAUGACAGUGCUAGUCCUAUUGUUUCCUAUUGCUCUACAGUACAUAUUUAAGUAUUUACCUGUAUUAACUAGUGUUUUAUUUAUUAAUUAAAAAGUCAGUAUAUUUUCCACAUAAAAUUUUAUAAUUUUUAGUACAUGUAACCAAUUUGUAGAGACAAGUAUUCCUGUUGGCCCAUUUUUUCUUCCAUGUAAAGGGUCUUCUAAUUUUUCUUUAACAAUAACUUUCAUGUGCAUUUCAUCAUUCUUGUACUUUGUGGAUGGUUGUCUUGUAUAUUUAAGAAAGGGAUAAUUAUUUUAAAGAAAUUCAACUACCACCUACUUUUGUAUUCUUAAGUGAGGCUGUCCAUGCCACAGGUACAUCAAUGACAAAAGUAAAAACGUUAGAGAAAAAACACAAAUUUUGUGAUUUUAAAAUUGGUAUAAGGUAACUUUUGAGCUAGUGAUCCCCUCGAGGGAGGUGCCCUGAUGCCGGUGAAGGUCUCUUGAUCCAAGGAGCUGGACAUGUCUUCCCCUUCCCGGAUUGAACCCGAAUACUUCCAUUCCUUAGUUGCUAUGUGACCCCUCUUUGAGCUUAAGAGUUUUUUCCUGAUUGAAACAAAAUGAACUAUUGGUAGAGUAUGGCUUCAGUCAGCUAGUGGUGGAAAAAAUACAUUCAUCAAAAUAAUGAAUUUUGGCAGCUUUUAUUUGUUAAUAAUUAAAUGUGAAUAGUAAUACCAGUGAAAUAUAUUGUAAUGUGAG